AUGUCCAAAGACGAGUUAAAAAUCCAAAAGAGAAAGAAUGAAGAUGAUGUUGUAGUGGAUAAGAAAAAGCACAAGAAAGAUAAGAAGGACAGGAAGAGUAAGAAGGAUAAGAGAGAUAAGAAGGAAAAAAAAAGUAAGAAGCACGAUGAAACCGAAACUGUUGAUGAAGCUACUGAAGAAAAUUCUACUCCAGUCUCUGUCAAUUCCAAUGGUUCUUACACACAAAGUGAUGACUUGACUAAUGUUCCUCAAUCCGAAAUCGACACUUUCUAUGAGGAAAAUGAAGUGACCGUCGAUGACAACGGUUCAUCGAAACUACGUCCUCUAUUGUCAUUUAAUCAUGUCAAAUUAAACAAGAAGAUUCAAGAUGAAAUCUCUAAAUUUCCUAAACCAACUCCUAUUCAAUCUGUAUCAUGGCCAUAUUUAUUAACCGGUAGAGAUGUCAUUGGUGUUGCAGAAACUGGUUCCGGUAAAACUUUUGCUUUCGGUGUUCCAGCUAUUAACAAUCUUGUUGAUGCCAAUGGCCAAUUAAAAUACAAGAAAGGUAUUCAAGUUUUAGUCAUUUCUCCAACCAGAGAAUUAGCAUCUCAAACUUUCGAUAACUUGGUUAUCUUGACGGAUAAGUUAGGAUUGCAUUGUUGUUGCGUCUAUGGUGGUGUUCCAAAGGACCCACAAAGAACACAAUUGAAAGUAUCUCAAGUCGUCGUUGCUACUCCUGGUAGAUUAUUAGAUCUUCUUCAAGAAGGUUCAGUUGAUCUAUCUAAUGUUAACUAUUUAGUGUUGGACGAAGCUGACAGAAUGUUGGAAAAAGGUUUCGAAGAAGAUAUCAAAAACAUCAUCAGAGAAACUGCAUCUGUAGGAAGACAAACAUUAAUGUUCACCGCCACUUGGCCAAAGGAAGUUCGUGAACUAGCAUCAACUUUCAUGGAAAGACCAGUUAAAGUAUCUAUAGGUAACAGAGAUGAAUUAACUGCUAACAAAAGAAUUACCCAAAUUGUUGAAGUCAUUGAUCCAUUCAAGAAGGACAGAAAGCUAUUAGACUUAUUGAAGAAAUAUCACAGUGGUCCAAAGAAGGACGAAAAAGUUCUGAUUUUUGCUUUGUACAAGAAGGAAGCUUCCCGUGUGGAAAGAAACUUACAAUACAAUGGUUAUCAAGUUGCUGCCAUUCAUGGUGAUUUAUCCCAACAACAAAGAACACAAGCAUUAAACGAAUUCAAGAGCGGUAAGUGUAAUCUGCUUCUAGCAACCGAUGUUGCUGCUAGAGGUUUAGACAUUCCAAAUGUUAAAACUGUCAUCAACUUAACUUUCCCACUUACUGUUGAGGAUUAUGUCCAUAGAAUUGGUAGAACUGGUAGAGCUGGUCAGACCGGUACUGCUCACACAUUAUUCACUGAACAAGAAAAACAUUUAGCUGGUGGUUUAGUUAACAUAUUGAACGGUGCUAAUCAACCAGUUCCUGAAGAACUAAAGAAAUUUGGUACUCACACAAAAAAGAAGGAACACAGCGCAUAUGGUGCUUUCUUCAAAAAUGUUGACAUGAACGCUAAACCAAAAAAGAUCACUUUCGAUUAA